AUGGGAGAGCCAAGACAUUGCAAGCUAUGGCUCCUUGUGCUGGCGUUGGCGCCGUGGUUUCAGGCUUCGACGUGCGCGACAACGUUCACCAUAUCGAACUACUGCGCCUACACCAUCUGGCCGGGGACGCUAGCCGGCUCCGGCACGCCGCAGCUGUCCACCACUGGGUUUGAGCUCGCGCCGGGGCAGACAGUGCGGCUCGCCGCGCCGGCAGGGUGGUCGGGGCGGAUGUGGGCGCGCACGGGGUGCGUGUUCGACGCUGCCGGCGCGGGGAUCUGCCAGACGGGCGACUGCGGCGGGCGCAUGGAGUGCCGCGGCGCCGGCGCCACGCCACCGGCCACGCUCUUUGAGGUCACGCUGGGGAAGACAGGCAGCGAGGACUUCUACGACGUGAGCCUCGUCGACGGGUACAACCUUCCCGUCGUCGCCAUCCCGCGCGCGCUGCGGGGGCAGGGCGCGUGCAACGCCACCGGCUGCAUGGCCGACCUGAACCGCUCGUGCCCGAGGGAGCUUCAGGUGGACUGCGGCGCCGGCGCGAUCGCGUGCCGGAGCGCGUGCGAGGCGUUCGGGCAGGACAGGUACUGCUGCAGCGGCGCCUACGGCACGCCGGCAGCGUGCCGGCCGACGGCCUACUCGUCCAUCUUCAAGACGGCGUGCCCGCGCGCCUACAGCUACGCCUACGACGACAGCACUAGCACCUUCACCUGCAACGCCGACGACUACAACGUCGCCUUCUGCCUCCCGACAUCCGGGUCAGUUCAUCAACCCGCCAUGGCAAACAUACACAUGAUAAAGGAGUCGGACGCCGUCUUCCUCGGUGCGCAGAUCGACGGAGUCAAUGCGCGGCCAUUGUACGCGAACGGAGGCCAGAGCACUGGCGAGGACAAUGCGCCGCCGGCCCACGGCAACGGUGGCGAGGGUGCACCGGUUUACAAGAACUACGGUGGUGCUUAUGAACCGCCGGUUUACAACUACGGCCGCGGAGGCGCUCAUGUGCCGCCGGCGAUGAGGGCCUCGUCGGCGAGCACGAGAUACAUCCGGCCGUGGCUUCUUCUGCUACCGCUGCUCGUCUGUUAUCCCUGA